CUGCUUUCCCAAAGAGGAGUUGGGGAGGGCUGGGAGGGCUCCUUGGAUCUCCAGGUCCCACAGAUUUGUGGGAAUUUGGGAUUUUUGAUCACUCCCUGCUCCUGCAGUUGAAUUCCCUUGAAUGCCCCAAACAGGAGGAAAUCCAGAGUGGGAAUGUCCUGCCUUGCUUGGAUACAGGAGCAGCACAGACAGCCUGGGAGCCUGGAAUUGAUUUACUAUUGAUUUACUAUUUAUUUACUAUUUAUUUACUAUUUAUUUUAAAAUCUGCAGGAAUAUUAGGCCAGCACGGGGUUUGUUAAUAAUCAAAUACCACAACUGGAAAAUUUAUAUUCAAAAUGCCCAGAGCCUCAAUUUCUCAAAUAAAUUCUAGAUAUGCUUCAUAUUUUUAUAAAAAUUCUCUCUAUAAAUCUAUCUAUAUUUAUAAAUUCUCUCUCUUUAUUUAUCUGCAUUAUUAUAUUUUCUGUAUCUUCACACCCAGCUCACAUUUUCCCCCAUCUCUGUCCCACUUACCUGCAGGUGCAGAUAUUUCUAUUUUCCCUUGAAUUUCUAUUUUCCCUUUUUUCCAAGUGUUUUCCCAAACAAAACAACACCUGCUGUGUGCACAGAGCAUAUGGAAUAUAUGUAUAAAUAUAUAUAUAUAUGUGUGUAGAGUGAGGCAUUGUGGCAGCUGGUACAGGAAUGCAGCUGGAUUUAAUUUCAUUUUUUUUAAAUUUCAUUGAAUUUCAGCCAGGAUUUCACAGAUUUCUCCUGGCUUUUGCUUCAUUUAUUGUUCUGGGAAGCUCCUGGGAUUUGAGGGAUAAGAACUCCUUGUGUUAGUGAGGGCUCCUCCCUUCAAAUUCCAUCAAAAAUCAAUUUGUGCCUUUGCCAGGGAGGGCUCCUUGACCUGGCAGGGAGUGAAGCUCCAGGGUGGGAACAUCCCUGGAAAAUGGGAACCUCCAGAGGCAAAACCAGCUGGGACUGGGACAGAGGAUUUGUCCUCGUGCCCUCUCUCCCAACCUUCUGCUGGUGGCUCCACAGGAAGGGAAUCCCUGAAAUUGCUGUGAAGUGGGGCUAAAAAUGACAAAUUCCAGCUUGAAAAACCACUUCCCUUGCAGGCCCUUGGGUGUUUGGGGUGGGAGGAGUGUCCAGCUGGCCUCAUUCCCUGAGCAGAUCCAUGUGUGGGGAGUUUGGGAUGGGUGGCUGGAGAGAAACCUGGGAAAUGCUCCUGAGCUGAUCCCCAGCUGCUCCUGGGCUUUCAUUUCCCGUGGAUGUCUGUGCUCAGUUUGUCCUUUGGAUUGGUGCAGAUGAGCACAGAGCACAUCAGGCAGGGCUGGGAGAUGGGAAUGUGCCUCUGGGAAUGGCCCUCUGCCCUCUUAGCUCCAAGGUUCUGCCUGGGUGCUGGGAAAACAACCAGGAAAAUGUGGGAAAUGUCCCCAUGGCAGGGGUGGGACCUGCAGGAGCUUUAUGAGCCCUUCCAGCUCAAACCAUUCUGGCAUUCUCUGGGAAUCUUCCACAUUCCCAAGUUAUCCAGGUAUUGGGGUGGGAAUCUCCCACAUUCCCAGGUUAUCCAGGAGUUGGGGUGGGAAUCUUCCACAUUGCCAAGGUGUUAGGGUGGAAUCUUCAACAUUCCCAAGUUAUCCAGGUAUUGGGGUGGGAAUCUCCCACAUUCCCAGGUUAUCCAGGUAUUGGGCUGAGAAUCUUCCACAUUGCCAAGGUGUUAGGGUGGGAAUCUUCAACAUUCCCAGGUUAUCCAGGAGUUGGGGUGGGAAUAUUCCAUGUUUUCUAGGCAUUAGGGUGGGAAUCUUCUCUGUUUCCCAAGUUAUCCAGCAGCUGGGGUGGGAAUCUUCUACAUUCCCAAGGUAUUGGGGUGGGAAUCUCCCACAUUUCCAGGUUAUCCAGCUAUUGGGGUGGGGAUAUCCCACAUUUCCAGGUUAUCCAGCUAUUGGGGUGGGGAUAUCCCACAUUUCCAGGUUCUCCAGCUAUUGGGGUGGGGAUAUCCCACAUUUCCAGGUUCUCCAGCUAUUGGGGUGGGGAUAUCCCACAUUUCCAGGUUAUCCAGCUAUUGGGGUGGGGAUAUCCCACAUUUCCAGGUUCUCCAGCUAUUGGGGUGGGGAUAUCCCACAUUUCCAGGUUAUCCAGCUAUUGGGGUGGGGAUAUCCCACAUUUCCAGGUUAUCCAGCUAUUGGGGUGGGGAUAUCCCACAUUUCCAGGUUAUCCAGCUAUUGGGGUGGGGAUAUCCCACAUUUCCAGGUUAUCCAGCUAUUGGGGUGGGGAUAUCCCACAUUCCCAGGUUAUCCAGGUAUUGGGGUGGGAAUCUCCCACAUUUCCCAAUUAUCCAGGUAUUGGGGUGGGAAUCUUCCCCAUUUCCAGGUUCUCCAGGUAUUGGGCUGGGAAUCUUCCACAUUUCCCAAUUAUCCAGGUAUUGAGGUGAGAAUAUUCCAUGUUUUCCAGGUAUUGGGGUGGGUAUCUCCCACAUUUACCAAUUAUCCAGGUAUUGGGGUGGGUAUCUCCCACAUUUCCCAAUUAUCCAGGUUUUGGGGUGGGAAUCUUCCCCAUUUCCAGGUUUUCCAGGUAUUAGGGUGGGAAUCUUCUACAUUCCCAAGGUAUUGGGGUGGGAAUCUCCCACAUUUCCAGGUUAUCCAGCUAUUGGGGUGGGGAUAUCCCACAUUUCCAGGUUAUCCAGCUAUUGGGGUGGGGAUAUCCCACAUUUCCAGGUUAUCCAGCUAUUGGGGUGGGGAUAUCCCACAUUUCCAGGUUCUCCAGCUAUUGGGGUGGGGAUAUCCCACAUUUCCAGGUUAUCCAGCUAUUGGGGUGGGGAUAUCCCACAUUUCCAGGUUAUCCAGCUAUUGGGGUGGGGAUAUCCCACAUUUCCAGGUUAUCCAGCUAUUGGGGUGGGAAUCUCCCACAUUUCCCAAUUAUCCAGGUAUUGGGGUGGGAAUCUUCCCCAUUUCCAGGUUAUCCAGGUAUUGGGGUGAGAAUAUUCCAUGUUUUCCAGGUAUUGGGGUGGAUGUCUCCCACAUUCCCAGGUUAUCCAGGUAUUGGGGUGGGAAUCUUCCCCAUUUCCCAAUUAUGCAGGUAUUGGGGUGGGAAUCUCCCACAUUUCCAGGUUUUCCAGGUAUUAGGGUGGGAAUCUUCUACAUUCCCGAGGUAUUAGGGUGGGAAUCUCCCACAUUUCCAGGUUUUCCAGGUAUUUGGGGUGGGAAUCUUGCCCACUGCCAAGUUUCCAGCCCUGAGGAAUUGCCAGCCUUUGGUGAGCUGAGGUUGCAGUUUUACAGAGCCCUUCUCCUGGAGGGGUUUUGGCAAUCCAGGGAAUUCUCCCUCCAGGGCUGGAGAUACAGCACCAGUGGUUUCCCAGGUUGGUUUCCCAGGGUGGGAAGAGCUGCAUCCCUUCCUGGUUGGAAUUCCAUAGGGAUGCCCAGGGGGUUUCCUGUUAUCCCCCAAAGCCUUUUUAUCCCCAUGGAUUUUGUGCUCUUGUUCCAAAGGCAGCCCUGGACUGCAGUGUCUCUGUGCAGAAAUGCUGACUGUGCUGCUCACACCCUUCCCAAGCACUGCCUUUUCCAGGAGUUCACUGGGAAUCUUGGUUUAAAAUAUUCUAGUGGAUGUUUACAACCAGUCCAGCCCCUGGAAUCUCAGGCUGUGCCCUCAGCUCCAUGGCAUGGAGAGAACCCCAAACCCCAGUCCUGGCUGAUGGAAUGCUCACCUGGAAUUCUGCACAGGGCAUUCACUGGGAUCAGCUGUGGGACAAUAAACCUGCCCCAGGGCUGGGAAUUUGUUUUUCCUCCCUCCUGGCUUCCUGUAGAACUUGGAAUUUUAUUUUUUACCUGGAUGUUUAUGGGCACUGUGUCCUUUUUAUCCAUAAAAAUAAAUACAGAGCCAGUCAGGUUUUUAGUGCUGGUUUCUGAUCAUGGAAGGCUCUGGAAGGGCUUUGUGCUUUCCAUGGAAUCCUGGAUUGUUGGGCUUGGAAGGACCUCAGAGGCUGAGCUCCAGCCCUGCUCCAUGGGCAGAGAGCUUCCAUUUCAAUGGGGGUUGGCAGAGGUCAGGAAUCCAGGGAAGGGCAGAGCACAGCACUGUUUGCUGGGAGUUUUUCCUCAUUUUUCAAGGCAGGAUUAAAAAUCAGGAAAAUCCCAUCCCCCUCGUUGUUUAACCCCUGGAUAUCAGCAUGUGUGUGCAGGGCUGAGGAGUUUGUGAGGAGAAUUUACACCUGAAAUGAAGGAGGGGAGAGCUGUGCUGGUUCCUGGAUCAGCACAGAGCAGGAUUUCCCUGGAGCUGCUCUGUGCCAUGGAGUGAGGCUGGGCUGAGCCUUGGGAAGGGGUGCAGGGAGAGGCUGUUCCUGCCCUUCCCUGCACAGCAGCUCUGCCAUCUGGGAGCUUUGAGGCCAAGGGCAUUGAAGGAAGGGAUGGUUCAUCCCCAGUGGGUUCCCCAAAGAGCCAGGCAGGAUUUGGGGUUGGGAUCAGCCCUCCUGCAGCUCUGCCAGAACAGAUCCCUGACCUGGUUUAAACCUGGGGGAGCUGCAGAAUGUAAAUAUUUGAUGGCACCACAGCUUCCCUUGGUAAAUCUGCUGCAGCUGAAUCCUGCCAAGCUGUUCCUGAAAUUCACUGGAGAUGUUUGGAGUUCUCCCUUCUCCUGGAGGUUGCUCAGUUGGGUUUGUGCAGAACCCCCCAGUGCAGGCAGAGCUGGGUUCUGGUCAUGUCCCAGUCCUGGGAAGGGAGGGAGGGAUUUCAUUUCAUCCCAGUUGUCUCCAUGCUGUCACUCACCCUGGGGCUGCUCCUUCUUUGGGCAGGGAGGACACCCCAGUGCCUCACCUGAAGCAUUGCAUCAACAUGGGGCAGGUUGGCAGCAUUUAAAUGGUUAAAUGUGGAUUUUUUUUAAGCUUUUUUGGUUGCUCUAGAGAGAAAACUUCCAUGUUUUUUGAGUCCUGGAAGGAGCUUUCUCCAUGGAUGGAGUCAAUACCCCAGACCUGAAUUUCUGCCCUGUUUUUAUCCCUGUCAGAAGCAAUAGCUGCUGGUGGUUUGAAAGGAUUCCUGCAGAAUUCAGGGAAAUUCCCACCUGGGCUCUGUGUGUUGGGAUCUGUGGGAUGGUGGCACAACAGGGACAAGGAGGAUUUAGGGCAAAUUCUCAAUUCAGAAAGGUGGCACAAGAGGGAAAUGAGGAUUUAGGGCAAAUUCUCAAUCCAAAAUCACCUCCCAGGUUUGGAAGCAGCUUUUCCUGGUGGGAGCCACCCCUCUGGGCAGAUCCCAAGUGAUUUCUCCAAGCCAGGAAUGCAGAAUUAAUUCCAUCCCUGGUCCAUGUUUGGUUUGUGCUCACAUCCAGGUGUUUGGGCUCCUCCUGCUGAGGAGUUUGGGAUCCUGGCUCUGCACUCACUCUCAGUUUUGGGGUGGAUGUGCUUUGCUUCCAGCCAGGCUGAGGAUGGUGCACAAUUCCACCAAUGUAUUUUAUUUUAUCAUUAUUUAUGGGAUAAAAAAGAGCCUUUGGAGCUUCUUCCAGCUGUCUUGAACUUGGGGUUGAAGUUGGCAGCUAGAAAACAAAAUUUAUCUUUUGAUUCAAGUGUGGGGCACCUUCUGCUGGGACCUUGUAAGGCUUGGAACCAUUUCCAAAUUUAUUCUGAAUAAAUUUUUAAAUUCAAAAUAAAAAAAUUUAUUCAAAAUAAAUUUAUUUCUUUUUUAUUUCAAAAUUUAAUUUGCAACUCAGAACAAAAAAAAAAAAAAUCCCUCUCAAAUCCAGAAAUCUGAAUUGUGAACAAAGCCACAUCGAGCUCCCUCCUCCUCAACCUGUUUUUUAGGGGACCAGAGGCACCAACAGGAGAAUUAAUUGCUGUAUUGAUGGAAAAUUUCAAUUAUUACCUCCCUGGCUCACAAGUGGAGAUUAAUGUCACGAUACCAAGCUCAUAGAAAAUAUCUGUUGGGAAAAAUAUAUUUAUAUUAUAUAUACAUAUUAUUAUAUAUAGAUAAUAUAUGUAUUAUAUAUAGAAAAUAUAUAUAAAAUAAAUUUUAAAAAAUUAAAAAUACAUUUUAAAAAUCAAAUGUUGAGCUUAAAUUUGUGUUCAAACUUGCCCUUCUAAACCCACUUCACCAGCUGGGGGAGCUGCCCUGAGCUCCUGGGCAGGAUCCAGCAGAAGUUUGGGGUUGCCCUACAGGGCUGUCCUGCAUUUCCAGGAUUCCUGGGAUUGGAGGGGAUGGAGCCCAGGCUGGGAGUGGUGCCUGCUUCUUUUAGAGCUUAUCGAUGGCUUUGGCUCCUGGCUCCAUAAAUUCCAGCUUUCUCAUGUAAAAAAUACAUUUCUUGGGCUUGUUCUGCUCAUGUCCCUCUGUUUCUCCUUGCAGG